GCAGACCCGGGCGGCCGGGCGGGAGGAGCCGGCGCUCCAGUGCGCGAGCGGCGCCCGCCCCUCCCCCACCCUGCGCUGCUCGGUGGGCCAGGGUUCGGCUGGGGAGCCGCGCCGCGGAAGCGUCAGGAGGCGCGUCCCAUCCAGGGCUGGACUGGAGGCAGGCUGGUGAGGAGGCUGCGGCUUCGCGGUGCGCGCCUGUCCCACGGGAGAUGGCCCCAGGGGCACCCACAUUGCUGUUGCUGUUGCUGCUGUCACUAUCCAGUGUCCUGCCCUGCGCUGCCAGCUGUCCAGCUGCCUGCCGCUGCUACAGCGCCACAGUGGAGUGCGGUGCCCUGCAGCUCCACGUCAUCCCACCUGGGAUCCCGCCCGGGACACAGACACUGUUCCUGCAGGACAACUGCAUUGCACACCUGGAACCCGGUGUCUUGACGCCUCUGGCCUCCUUGCGCCAUCUCUACCUGCACAACAACAGCCUGCACGCUCUGGAGCCAGGUGCCUUCCGCGCGCAGUCGCGCCUGCUGGAGCUGGCGCUCACCAGCAAUGGGCUGCGAGGCUUGCGUGUAGGCGCUUUUGCUGGUCUGGCCCAACUGCGUGUACUCUACCUAGCCGGUAACCAGCUGGUGCAGCUGCUGGAUUUCACCUUCCUACACCUGCAGGCCCCUUUCCCUGAUGAUCUACUGUCCCUGCUUCAGCGACUGCAGGAGCUGCACCUGCAGGAAAACAGCAUUGAGCUGCUGGAGGACCAGGCCCUGGCCGGGCUCUCUUCGCUGGCCCUGCUGGACCUCAGCAGGAACCAGCUGGGCACCAUCAGCCAAGAGGCCCUGCAGCCCCUAGCCAGCCUGCAGGUCCUACGCCUCACAGAGAACCCAUGGCGCUGUGACUGUGCCCUGCACUGGCUGGGAGCCUGGAUCAAAGAGGGGGGCCAGCGGCUGCUCAGCUCCAGGGACAGGAAGAUCAUGUGUGCAGAGCCUCCCCGCCUGGCACUUCAGAGUCUCCUGGACGUGUCUGGCAGUAGCCUCAUCUGCAUCCCACCCUCUGUGCACGUGGAGCCGCUGGAGGUGACAGCCAACCUGGGUGAGGACCUACGGGUUGCCUGCCAGGCUUCUGGCUACCCGCAGCCCCUCGUGACCUGGAGAAAGGUGGCACAGCCUCGCGAGGGGCCGCCGCCGGCCCAAGCUCAACCAGAAGGUGGGGUGCCGGUCCCAGGCGGGUCCGGGGCCUCUGACACGGGCAGCGGCAUGCUUUUCCUCACCAACAUCACCCUGGCCCACGCCGGCAAGUACGAGUGCGAGGCCUCCAACGCCGGCGGCGCCGCCCGCGUGCCCUUCCAGCUCCUGGUCAACCUGUCCCGGCAGCAGCAGCUGGCGCCCGCGCCGCCCCCGGCCGCCGGCCCCAUCAGCCACGAGCCCCUGCCCGAAGCAGGCAGCAUGGCCUUCCGCGCCCUGGGCCUGGCCAUGCAGACGGUCAUCGCGGCGGCCAUUGCGCUCCUGGCGCUCACGGCGCUGCUGCUGGCGACCAUGAUCUGCCGCCGGCGACGCAGGCGCAAAAAAGCGCCAGGGCCUCCGGGGGAGGGCGCUCUCUUCGUCAACGACUACUCCGAAGGCCCCUACACCUUCGCGCAGCUCGAGGAGCUACGCGACGAGCGGGGCCACGAGAUGUUCGUCAUCGACCGCUCCAAGCCGCUCUUCGCCGAGAGCCCAGCGGAGACGACCGAGGGCACGGAACCCGGACCCGCGCAAGGGCUCCCGCUGCAGCCGCCCGCCGCCUACGAGAUCCACUGCUGAGGGGCGGGCGGGCGGGCGCGCGCUGAUGACGUAGGCCCCGCGGAUUCGCUGGCCCGCGGCUCACCCCGCGCAUGCUCCAACAUGCUCAGUAAAGGCUGGAAAGCUGCG